AUGGCCAAGAUCCCUCUCCUCCUUUGCCUCCUCACUUACAGCACAGGCUCCAUGGCCUCCUACGAGCUGACGCAGCCAACCUCAGCAUCAGUGGCUCUGGGACAGAUGGCCAGGAUCACCCGUGGGGGAAAUAACAUUGGAAAUAAAUACGCUUACUGGUCCCAGCAUAAGCCAGGCCAGGCCCCUAUGCUAGUCACCUAUGACAGCAGCAAAAGGCCUUCAGGGAUCCCUGACUGAUUCUCAGCCUCCAACUCUAGGAACAUGGUCACCCUGACCAUCAGCAGGGCUGGAGCCGAGGACGAGGCUGACUAUUACUGUGCCACCUACCAUGCCACUGAUAUCUUCGGCGGCAGGACCCACCUCAGCGUCCUGGGUGGUCCCACGUCUGCACCCUCGGUCUCUCUCUUCCCGCCCUCCUCUGAGGAGCUCAGCGCCAACAAGGCCACAGUGGUGUGUCUCAUCAGUGACUUCUCCCCCAGCGACUUGACGGUGAGCUGGAAGGGAAAUGGCGCCGCCAUCAGCCAGGGCGUCCAGACCACCAAGCCCUCGAAACAGAGCAAUGGCAAGUACGCGGCUAGCAGCUACCUGACGCUGACCCCCGCCCCGUGGAAAUCGUACAGCAGCGUCAGCUGCCAGGUCACGCACCAAGGGAAAGCCGUGGAGAAGAAACUGUCCCCCUCAGAGUGUUCUUAGGUCCCUGAGCCCCGCCACUCAUGGGACCCCCCCAGGACAAUCAGGAAGGGCCUUCCCCACCCAGACACCCCUUCCCAGCUCUCCACUGUACCCCUGAGACCCCACCCAGCAUCAACUCAGCCCAGGCAGG